CACCGACCCAAAUCAGUUUCCUCAAGAAAUCAAGAUUCCUACCUUUUUCUCGGAGUAAAAGGCAAAGCGGAUAGAGAAAAAUUGUUGGCGAAAAUACUCUGGAAAAGCCUGUAACGCCGCAUAAGGAGUUUUCUUGACUCGUUAUCUAGAAUCAUCUCUCAAGGGAAGGUGUUCUUCGGAUUAAUUCGUCGCGAAUUUUUUGUUCUUGUUUCAGGUUUGCGAUAAGGGAUUUUUAAUUCUCGAUCGUGUUGGCGUGUUUUUGAUCUGGAAAGCGAGAGAGAUAUUAUCGUUCGAUCUUUAAUUUCUUCGUCAAAGCUUUAGGUUCGAUAUAGUUUGUCAUGAACGAUCAGAAUCCGAUAAUAAAUCAAGCGCAAAUGAUUAGUAUGAACCAUCCGCAGAUGGCAAACCAGCCUCAUGUAAUCAAUCAGUCUAAAAUUAUGAACCAGCCACAGGUAAUUAAUCAACCUCAAUUUCUGAACCAAAACCAGCUAUUGAGCCAUUCUCAGAUAAUGUCUCAGUCGCGCGCCAUCAACCAGGCAAAUCUUUUGCCUCAGCCUCAGAUGAUCGUGAGUCAUUCUCUGCCGCCUAUGAUGAGUAGAAACCAUAAGGUAUGGGCACGCCUGCAGGCCCCUUUGGAUCAGAACAAGAAGUACCGCAAUUUCCCGAAGCCCAGCUACGGAAUUACGAAGCAGUCAAGGUCGGGACGAGGCAAUUGGAAGGGGAAAGGCGUCAGUGACAAAAGGAUAAACAAUAGAAGAACGGUAAAACCCUUACCGGGUUCCUUAAUUGGUCCGAAUAAUGCUGGAGGGUAUCAACCUCCAAGUCUUCACGAGUUGCAGUCUCAAAAUCGUAUAAAAGCUCGAAAGUUUUACCCAAAAAAGAAGUUCAGUAAUAGUUUUGCACCUUAUGCGCCUCGGAAUACCUCGUCUUUUAUAAUUCGUGCGAAGAAGUAUGGUGGGAUCGCUUCACUUGUGUCCCCUAGUCCCGUAACACCAGCCGUUCUUGCUACUCCAAUGUUCUCCCCUUCAAGGGAGGCGUUGGGUGAUAUGGCCAAGGAGGAAUGGGGUGUUGAUGGUUAUGGAUCAAUGAAAGGGUUGAUAAGGCUUCGAGGGUCUGAGAAUAAGGCGGAAGUGCAGGAGGAGGAGGAAGAGGACGGUGGUGGCGGGUCGAGUGAUAGUGAUGUAGAGGAACAUCUGGAGGUAGAACGUAGAUUGGACCAUGACUUGAGUCGAUUUGAAAUGAUAUACCAGAACUAUGGAGUAGAGUAUAAUAACUGUUUGGAAAAUAGGGUCGAUGAUCAGGAUAGCCAUAUAGCACAGUUGGAGGAGGAGAACUUGACAUUGAAGGAGAGACUUUUUCUUAUGGAGAGCGAGCUCGUUGACAUGAGGAGGAAGUUGCAACUUCUCAGGGAGCAAAACACAGCAAUUGACGAUGUGAAUGAGGAGGUAAUGGAGAACGUAUCUGAGAAUGAAGGCGAUGGAGGGUUGGAGACGUAGAGUACGUAUCUGAGAUUAGACCAAACCAAGAUGUUGAUAUUGGUUCUAAGGAGGACGAUGAAGAAGUCCUGGAGAUUGAGGUAAAGUGGUUGAGGAGAAAUACGUACGCUGUUUCAAUAAUUUUGGGUGUAUACAUGACACUUAAAUUUAAGAAAUGGGAAGACCAAAAACUAGUUUCUUACAUCAAAUACGAAACCGCUCAUUCUCCCUCAUUUUGUAUUCCAAAGUCAGGCGUUCCCUUUCUUUUCCUUGAAAUCGCAUUCACUCUACCUUCUCACCCACCAUGAAAUUAGCCCUAGCUUACACGAAGAAGAUGAGGACCCCAAGCUUCAAAGUCGCCCCGAUGAAGAGCCCCACUUUCUACAUUGAGAUUGAAGUUGCGGCCAUUGAAACAACUUCCCGUUGUUUUCAGGGGGUGUAAUUGUGUUUAGAGAGAGACUGUGAAGGUGUGUGAUUGGCCAUGGCUAAGAGAGAGGGAUUAAUGAGUUUUCGCUGAUUUUUUCUCCCUCUUGGUCUUGAUGGGUUAAGCUAAGGCAACAUCAUGAAGUGUUGUGCUGGUUACCAUGACGAUGUUGAUGUUUGUGAGAACUGAGGUCCAAUGGUGAAGCUCUAGUUGUUGGCUAACCCAAACCCAUCACUGAACCUCUUGUAACUUGGUAACGUUUUCGCUAUAUGAGAAAUAAAAUGAUUGUGUUGCAACUGUACUUAUCCUGAUUAAUAAUAGCGAACUCUGAUAUUAAAAACCAUCAAUUUAGGCAAUAGUUUUGGCUUGUUAAUAAUUUCCUAUGAUUUUCUUUGUUGAGAAAUAUACCUCUCAAAGCAUAUACAUGCAGAGUUUGUGUCAGUUCUAUUGCCUUUUGUUCUUCCUGUGGUUUGGCUUUGUCAUUUUUUUUUUUUCGUUCAUUGGCCUUGUUAUGGUUGGUUAUUAUGUUAAACUAAUUCUGUGUGCUUGAAUUGUUGGUGCCGGAAGUACUUCUCUUUGGAGUGGUUGUAUGCUUUGACAUUGUAAGGUAAGGUAUUAAUAUUAGACCUAAGGUCAUUAUCGAAUUUUGUGCUCUAUUGUUAUCAUCUUUUGAUUCCUAUAAGAUUUACAUACCUUUUCUUGGAAAAGGAAAUUGAUCUUAACUCUAGUCAUUUUUGUCUCUAUUACCAUCUUGCAAUUUCAAAAGCUUUUGUUGUUUGUGGUUUCUUUUCUAGUACAAAAAUCUCAUAACUGAUUUGGUUUUAAAUUAUGCUUUGCUUUGUAGGACAAGCAGAAGUGAUUCUUGAUAUAGAUAGCUAAUUCCCUCUUCCUUUCUUGCAUAAGCAUAUGUAGCAGCAGAAAAAUGCGACAUUCUCCUUUGUAUUGGAAAGAAAGCGCAUAAAUAUGCGAAGGUACCCAUGGAAGUAUUUGCAAGAUGAUAAGGUAGUGAACUUCGAUAACUCACGAACAUAGAUGUCGUUGAAUUGUGAGCUCAAGACUAAUUAAGCUAAUUAUCGGUUAUUGUUGGGAAAGCAGAUGGUGAUACGAGGAAGAAGAAAAAAUGAGAAGUUAGGAAGGGAAUUUCUUAUGAAAUUUCGCAAAUUUUCUUGGAUAGUUGUUGGAAGACAAAGCUUGCAUCAAUUGUUUUCUUUUUGGAGGUUGCAGCGUUUUUGUUAACACGAGCGAGUAAAUCAAGUUGCGUCAUUUGAAUGAGCUUCUUUUAGUGUGCAACCCAAGAAGAAUUAUGUGAUCAUGUAGUAAAGACUUACGGGUAUAAUCCUUUGAUAGCCUUUGUACGUCCUCCUCUAGAUUCUGAUGUCUUCUUGUUACCGUCUCAGUCGUUGACAUUCUAUGUUCAAUUUGGUUGCCAGUAGCUGAAUGGGUCAAUUAGAAAUGGUUGCAGCUGAAAAGUGCUAUUAGGAGGUUUUCUGGCAAGCUCUUCAAUGGUUUUCAAUAGUGCAUGGACUUAAAGUUCCCUUGCUUCGAUAUUCUAAGUGCUUAUUCUCUGUAGAUAUGGAUGUCUCCAUAGAUGUGUAUGCCUCCCGUUUGGUACAUGUUACUGUUUGAUGUAACAAAUAGCAAAACUUUUUACAUCUGGACAUUUUUUGAUGUAGCAAGUACACGAACUCCUGUAAUUCAUGAUCUGCUUCAUCGAUUUGUAAUUAUAAUAAAAAGUUCCUUACAUGCC